GGAAAUCCUAUUCUCAGUUUUCAUAAUUGGAGCUCGGGGGAGGGUGGGUAAUUCCAAGCCAAAAAAAAAAAUUCAUUACACCGUAGCCCGCGAAUGGAAGUGUAGGAUUUCAGCUUGAAAAAUUCGGUAGCAGCGAAUGCAUUGGCACUGUAAGCCUUGGUACGAGGUUAUAUCGUUUUUGAACUGGAGGGGGAUUACUUUUCUCAGUCGGUCACCAGCAUUAAUGAGGCUGUGCGUAUUGGAUGAGAUGGCGUUUUUGGGGUUACUCAAGGAUUCACUGGGGGAUUUUACUAUAUAGGAUCGUCUAAGAGAAUCUCAUCAUGACAGGCCAUGCAACGAAAACGUCGCUAUCGCAGUGCCGUAAAAAAAAACUUCUCGCUGCCAAGACCAUCAUCUGUUUGUUUUUGUUCUUGCCCAGGAUUCCAAACAGAGAUUUUUUCUCCGGGCUCUCACUACAUCCACUACAUCAUCAGGGAUAUUUGAGCUGCCUUGACGGCCGUACUGUCGAAUCGGAUUACCGCCAGAAACGACAUGUCCUCAGGAGGAAUAUUCAAAACACCUCUCACGAGCAGCGAGAUCGCCAUCAACACACCACCCAUGGCUUCCAAAGAACAGAAACCUGUUAAUCCACACAAGAUUUUCACCAGGAAAUGCAACAUCAUUCUUGGUCUGAUCGCGCUCUUUCUCCUGGCAAUAGCCUUGGCUCUGGGUCUGACAUUCGGUCUACGACAUCACCAUUCCUCCCCUCCAGCAUCCACUCCUACUACUACACCAUCGAACCCGUACCCUCCUACCAACGCCUCAUAUUGGACCCCAAAUCUCAACGCUUCCAAUACAUGGAACAUCGAGUUAUUAGCGGCGCUCGAUCCCGCCAACAUCUAUGCGAAUACAACAAUCUAUGACAUCGAUCUCUUCCUUGCGGCCAAUACCACCCCCCCUAUAAUCCGUACCUUACAUUCGCAAUCCCACAAAGUAAUUUGUUAUUUUUCAGCCGGCACCAUCGAAACAUACCGUCCUGACACGAAUCGCUUCCUUCCUUCCGAUUAUGGCAAGCAGCUUCCCGACUGGCCAAACGAAUAUUGGGCUAACAUUUCCUCACCAAAUGUGCGAUCCAUCAUGCAAACACGCUUGGAUUUGGCGGUCAAUCAAUCAUGCGAUGCGGUCGAUCCCGACAACGUUGAUGGGUAUUCCAAUGACAACGGGCUCAAACUAACAGAAGAUGACUCUAUUGAUUAUAUGCAGUGGUUGGCGGCUGAGGCCCAUGGACGGGGUUUAGGGAUUGGUCUGAAGAAUGCUGGCGAGAUUAUCGAUCGUGUAUUGGACAACGUGCAGUUUGCUGUCAACGAGCAGUGCGUGCAGUACCAGGAGUGUGACACCUGGCAGGCAUUCAUUGACAAUGGUAAGCCCGUAUUCAAUAUCGAGUACCCAAAAGAUGCACCGAAGGUUAGUGAAGCGGAAAAAACAAGAGUUUGUGAUGGCUCAGACAUACAUGCGGAUGGCUUUUUCACCAUCAUCAAAAAGAUGGAGCUGGAUGACUGGGUAGAGCGCUGCUGAUUCGAUCUUGGCGUUGCAAAUAUUCAGAGAGGUGGAUUUUAAAGUGGAGUGUAAUAUUUUAGCCUGAAUAGAAUACGAUCUGGCUGAAAAAAAUCGUGUACCAAUGAAGCUUCCCACAUGCUUGCUUGUAGCUAUUUAAAUCCCAUGCAUGCUUAACUUAAGCAUAUUGACUAGAAAAAAAAAAGAUUACUUGUUUUCAAACAAGUAGCAGGAAUUUCAUGACA